UUCUUUCUGGUCAUAUUUCAGUUGUAGCCAAGGCAUUGUUGAGAAAAAUAUAUAAGUCUACUACGUUCAGUGUCGUAUCGCCUGAUCUUUUAAUUGAAUUAAACAAAAUAAGCGACAUGUUCAAGUUGUGCGUGCUUAUCUCGUCGCUGCUCUUGGCAAUGCAGCUUGGAAAAGCUCUCGAGUUCCAAGAUUGCGGCUCUAAGACUGGCAAAUUCACCCAAGUCACACUCGAGGGCUGUGAUACCACAAAGGCGGAGUGUGUGCUACGAAGAAAUACGAAUGUGUCAAUAUCAAUAGAUUUUGCAUUGGCCGAAACGGCAUCAGCCGUAAAAACGGUCGUACAUGGAAAGAUCUUGGGCAUUGAAAUGCCCUUUCCGCUAAACAAUCCAAAUGCAUGCCUCAACAGUGGCCUUAAAUGCCCAUUAGAAAAGAACGAGGCUUACAGAUAUACAGCUACGCUGCCCGUGCUGAAGAGCUACCCAAAGGUCUCCGUGCUCGUCAAAUGGGAGCUACAGGACCAGAACAGUGUGGAUAUCGUGUGCGUGGAAAUACCCGCCAAGAUACAAUGAUCAGGUUGAUCACAUCGAAAACUGUUAAAUUCGCAACAACUGAGUUCUUAUUGUCAUCUAAUUUAAAAUAAAGAAAAU